AUGACGGAGGACAUGUCCCAUAGGGACGAUGGUUUCUGGGCUCGUGAAGUGGGUCAGAUGAUCGGGUUGGAGCACCCCACCAUCCCUGUGCACCAUCAGUACGUGGUGACAGCGACGGUUCCUGAGGUGAAGGCUCUGAAGAAGGAGCUGGCCGUCAUCAGGGAUCUGGAGGGCUCCUACUAUCUGCGCCAGGAGAGGGAUGGUCUUCUCUUUGGUCCUUAUGAGAAGAUGGAGAAGAUGGUGCUGCAGGACUCGUGGGUCAGGGAUGGAGUUCCUCCAGGUUUUGGAAAGGAACUGUUUGAAUCAGACCUCGACAGGAUCAUGGAACACAUCGAGAUGGCCAUGGAGAUGGUUCCUGUCCUGAAGACAGCGGACAUCAUUAACGUCGUGUCUGGACCGAUCACGUACACCCCUGACCUGCUGCCCAUGGUGGGACCACAUCAGGGAGUCCAGAACUACUGGACUGCUGUUGGCUUCGGGUAUGGAGUGAUCCAUGCUGGUGGGAUUGGUAAAUUCCUGAGUGACUGGAUUAGGAAUGGAGAGCCUCCUUACGACCUGAUUGAAUGUGACCCGAACCGAUACGGCAAAUGGACAGACGUCCCUUUCAUGUGUGCCAAAGCUAGAGAGUCCUACGGCUUCAACAACGUGGUUGGUUACCCGAAGGAGGAGCGUUUCGCUGGCCGACCAACCUGCAGGAUGAGCGGCGUGUACGAGCUGCUGAAGGACAAAUGCUCCAUGGGCUUCCACGCCGGCUGGGAACAGCCUCACUGGUUCCACAAACCUGGAGACGACACCGGAUACAAGCCCAGUUUCCGCCGCACCAACUGGUUUGGACCAGUUGGCAGAGAGUGCAGACUGGUGAUGGAGAGGGUGGGAGUGAUUGACCUCACUCCGUUUGGAAAAUUUAUUGUGAAGGGGAAGGACUCCGUCAAGCUACUCGAUCAGCUGUUUGCGAACACCAUGCCGAAGGUGAGUCAGACAAAUAUCAGUCACAUGUUGACUCCUGCUGGGAAAGUGUUUGCUGAGGUCACCAUCACCCAGCUGAGCCCAGGACAGUUCUUGCUCAUCACAGGCUCCGGAUCAGAACUCCACGACCUCAGGUGGAUAGAAACGGAGGCAGCAGCAGGCGGAUACCAAGUGGACAUCAGUAACGUAACAGAUGCGAUGGGCGUGCUUGGCAUUGCAGGACCAAAUUCCAGGAAGGUUCUCCAGAAGCUGACAGAUGAAGAUAUGAGUGAUGCUGGGUUCAAAUUUCUCCACUGCAAGUCCAUCCAGUUGGCUGGAAUUCCUGUCCGAGCCAUCCGGAUCUCUUACACUGGUGAGCUGGGCUGGGAGCUGUACAUGAACCAGAACAGCAUGGAAACUGUGUACAAGGCCAUGAUGGAAGCAGGAAAAGAUGAAGGCAUUGACGACUUUGGUACCUACGCCAUGGCAUCUCUCAGACUGGAGAAGGGUUUUAGAGGCUGGGGAGCUGAGAUGAACUGUGACACCAAUCCCCUGGAGGCUGGGCUCGAUUAUUUCAUCAAACUGAACAAGCCUGCUGACUUUAUUGGUAAAGCAGCGCUUCAGGAGAUCAAAGCCAUGGGUUUGAAGAGGAAACUGUCCUAUCUGUCACUCCAUACAGACGAUGUUGACCCUGAAGGUAACGAGACCAUUUGGCACAAUGGACAGGUUGUGGGAAACACAACAUCUGGAGCGUACAGCUACAGCAGCCAGCAGAGCCUGGCGUUUGGCUACCUGCCUGUGGAGCUGGGCUCUGUGGGACAGAAGGUGGACGUGGAGCUGAUGGGCAACAAGUACCCAGCCACAGUCAUCCAGGAGCCUUUAGUCCUCACUGAGCCCACCCGGAGCCGGCUGCAGAAGAAAGGACAGACAAAAGCUUAAAGUGCAGCUUGUUUCUCUGCAGCCUGAUCGUCCUGUAAAUGAUCAAACAGACACUGGAGAGUCCCACAGGAUGCAACGUCUGCACAUCAGGCCCAGAGAGUAAUGAAGAAGAAGCUUCAUGGUGAUAAAAGUGAAAAUGAGUCUGUUUGAAGGAGUAACUCACAUGUUGUUAUUCCAUGAACAAAGUUCAAGGUUUCAACUGUGUCCUGAAGAACAAGACGUUUAGUCUUUUGUUCUUAGUGGACAUUUAGAAACGCUGCUGUAUUCUU